AUGUUUGUGGUCGUUCUACAGGCUCUGGCAGGUUUUUUAUCAAUCAUCGCCAUGCUAUACCAGAAACGCUAUAAUAAACUUCAUCGAUCUAUUUAUGGUCUGUCAUACGACUUAUAUUUGUUAGAUCUUGUUGGUAGUGGCCUGUAUUUGUAUUGCGCUUUGCAUUAUUGUUAUUCACCUUUGAUAAGAGAGCAGCUAUCCAAAAGAUUUCCUCUUUUUUAUCCAUUGAAUGAGGCUAGCAGUGUACCUAUAUCUAGCUCUCUCUUUUUAAAAGACUUUUUCGUUUUCUUUUGCUGCUUGCUUGUUUUGAGGCAGUUAUAUUAUUAUAGAUCAACUAAACAUAUCUAUCAGGGUAUCUCCAUCACUUCCACCCUAUUCGUAAGUUUCUUCGUUAUGUUGGGAAUAUUUACUUAUGGAUGCUCUAUUUUCAAUUUACCACUGAAGGACUCAGGUAAAUUCGGCGUUUUUUAUCUGGAUCACAUAAACUAUUUAUGGGUGAUGGCAAAUCUACUUAAAAGUUUCAAGUAUAUUCCCCAAAUGAGUAUCAACUGGAUGGGGUGUUCAACGAUAGGAUUAUCAUCAAAGUAUGUCGUGAUAUCAUUUUUUGCUGAGUUUAUCGAUUUAGUAGGUAGACUACUAAUACCGACCAGUGCGUCGUUUUAUAAACUCCCAUUUAAUUCUACGCCUUUUUGGGUCAAGUUGGUGCAAUUUAUCACCUUAUUAGUCAUACUUUUCCAGGUUCAGUAUAUUUAUGUUGGACGGAAACCGCGAUUGCCAAAAGGGAAGCUUUAA